AUGGUGCUAAAGUGUACACUAUCAGUAUUGCUUUUUAGUUUAAUCUUCACCCUCGCUUUCGGUCAGCUGAUUGACAACCGGUGCUAUCUGGAUGGCGGCGGAUCGGCGGUUAACUUCUUCGCCAACGAGGACAUCACCGUCGGUGCGGUCGUGGGCAGCUUGCGGGUGUUGGGCGACCCGGGCAAAGACAUUGUGCUGACGCUGCGCGAAAAGGAUUCGCCCGUGUACAUAGCGCCCGGCACGAAGGAUCUGAUAGUGGCCAAACCGCUCGACAAGGAAGGUUUGAUCGGACCGUCGGCAGUGUUUGUGAACGUGAUUUGUGAGCGCAAGUUUUCCGACGAUGCGGGUAUUAUCAUUCCGGUUAACAUACGGGUGACGGAUGUGAAUGAUAAUGCGCCGCUGUGGAUUGGUGCUCCGUACAAGCUGAACCUUUCGGAAGUGACCGUCAUUGGAACGAGAAUUCUGCAAGGCAUCAGAGCCCAUGAUCUGGAUCAACCUGGACCGUACUCGACGGUGGAGUACCAAACACUCCCAGGACCGUACUCCGAUUAUGUGGCGUUCGUAACACCGCUCGAGGGCACGCUCGUGCUAAAGAAGUACAUCGACUACGAAACGGUGCAAAACUUUACGGUGAAGAUACGCGCCCAGGAUCAGGGCAAACCACCGAAGUACGCCGACACGUUUGUGACGAUCCGCGUGCUCGAUUCGGACGAUCAAAAUCCAAAGUUCGAGCGGGACGUGUACUACGGCCAGCUGCUCGCCGACAAGGGUGACAUAAGGAUCAGCCCGGAAGCCAUCCGUGCCGAAGACCAGGACCGGGGCAUAAGGGCCGACAUCCGGUACUCGAUCGUAUCGUCGAACGGUUCGGAGGACGAGCGCAACUUCGAGAUACAUCCCAACACGGGCAACAUUCGGCAGACCCGUGCGUUGCCCCCCGCACAAUCACACCACUCCCGAACGAUCGUCGUCAAAGCGACCCAGGUGGACAAUCCCGAUCGUUACGCACUGACCACGGUUAUUCUGUCGCCCGCGAAAGGUGCGGAGUCGUCACUGAGCGCCAUCAGCGUCCAACCACCGGUUGGUGGGGCAGAGUUUGUACGCGGCACAUUCUACGCCACCGUGCGGGAAGACACCAAACCCGGCACGAAGAUAUCGCAGCUGGCAACCGCCGGCGAUGGUUCCCGGGAGCAAUUACGCUACGGCAUCGUUGGUUCACCCGCUGCGCAGGAACAGUUCCGCGUUGGACCCGGUGGGGAAAUAAUUCUAGCGAAACCGCUCAACUACCGCCGGACGCCUCAGUACACGUUUGCGAUCGAAUCGAGCACACCCGGCACUGACCGCAACACCAGCACAACCGUUGUCAUCGAUGUGCUGCCGGCAAACAUGUGGGAACCUCGGUUCCGGAAGCCGUUCUACUCAUUCGCGAUCGAGAAUCCGCUGCACGCCCAGCAGCUACCGAUGCUGGUGGGACGGAUCGAGGCGGCCGACGGUGACCGCACGGACGAACUGUCGUUUGUGCUGAAGGGCAACUACAGCAAUCUGUUCCGUGUCGACCCGUACGGCAAUCUUUGGCUGGUCUCGAACCGGACCGAUCUCCCGGUGGCGAUGCGUCUGCUUGCGACCGUAACGGACACGGGAACGCCGCCCAAAUCCGCCACGGUACCGGUGGUCGUGAAGCUCAAGCCGGAAACUGCCUCCCUAACCUCGAACCUGCUCAUCGUCAAUAUAGUGGUGGCCUGCGCGCUAGGGGUACUUCUGAUCGGUGGGUUCGUACGUUGCGUGUACCGACGCCGCAAGCGAAAGGUUGCGUCGGCCGAGCAGAUCGUGGGCCAUGGUGGAGGUGUUAUACCACCGCUCAAGCAUGGUGUCGACUCCAGCCGCUUUCUACUGCAACGCUCGGAACAGCGCAUGAUGGAACGGCCAUCAGUGCACGCGAACGGCCGGCUGACGGAUUGUGCCGCUUCAUCCACCCUGGGCAGUGACAACCAGGACUUUAUGGAUCAUGAAGGAGACCACUCGAGACGAUCGCAGAUUCAUAACACGAGGGCGCUCGAUCGUGAGGAACUCGCCGGUCAAAAUCUGAACCAUCUGCUACUGCAAUGGCAGGAAAAGUACGACGAAAAGAACAAUGGCACGGAGGACAUGUCUAUCGAUGAUAAGUUGAUCGUGUACUUCUGA